AUGAAACCCGAUCGGUGUCCAGCUCCUAUUCGGCCCCUCCUCUUUGAUGCCCGUGAAAAACCCCACCAGCUGUCGUUAAACUGCCGGACAACCCCCGCUUCCGAUCCGAGGCUGGGCCAACUUCCAGGGACCGCUAUCACCGUACUUUCCAGGUCCGCGUCCUUUGCUCCUUCCCUUCAACACCCAGCCUUAACGUUGGUAGAAGAAACGGAUUUUGAAGCGAAAUUGGAAAAACGAAAACGUCAGGCUAACGACGGCUUCGAAAUGACUAAGAAGACCGUAAAAACCAAGAGAAUUGGAGAACCUUCUGUAGUAGCUACUGCUAAUAAAUAUCUCCUGUUAAAUAGUAUUUCAACCGAACCUCAAUCUGCUAUUGAAACUGUUAUUCAACCAGCUCCCCAAACUACUUCUCAAACAAACCCAACCAAAAUACCUCAAGUACCUCCGAUAGUCAUACCAGGCACACAUUCAACAACCUUUAUAACUGAAUUCAUGACUUCACUGAAUAUUACAAAUUAUUUUCUGCGCCGCACAAGAAAAGAUUUACGUAUUCUUCUCGAUUCUGCCAAUGAUCCUACUCCUCUCUUGCGUGGUCUAACAGAAAAGAAUAUUAAAUUCCAUACAUUCGCAGUUCGUGGAGAUAAACAACGACCUCAGCUGUUUAUACUAAAAAAUCUCGAUCACCAAGAAGACAUUGAAAAUGUUAAAACUUCCCUAGCACCAGUAGGUGUAAUGGAUGUUAGAAGGUUGCAAAAAAACGCUCCAGAUGGAUCAAAAAUCACACAUUCACCCAUACUUGUGACUGUCCCUGCCAAUGUCACAAUUGAGGAGAUUCGAGCCAUAAAAGCGGCCAAUAGAUACAGUGAACAACUGCAGAAGAAAAAAGAAGAAUUGGCCUUAAGAAAGAAAACAGCUACCAAAUCUACCGAUGCGACAUCAAACCAUACUUCGAAUCCAAAGACUUAUGCGACGACUUUAAUACUUCCAACUGACCCAUCGACACUCGAACAAGUACGAGAACUUCCUCCAGAAGCUGAACCACCACCAUGGCUUACUCAGUUCCAAAAAUCUAUGAAUGGACUAGGACUGAUUAUGGAGAGUCCACUCGAGCAUGGAUCUGAAGACCAUUGGGUUUGGAACGAACAUGACAAGAGUUGUGAUGUGUGUUUACAUGGACAAGAAUCAAAUCGCUUAUGCCUUGCAUAUUUCCGCCCCCAAUACACAUCUGGUACUGCAGCUGUUAGAGGCACAAAAGUCCUCAAUAAUGGAAGGUACUACUGGGAACUUGAACUUCCUUUGGUGAUAUCUGGAACCACCAUAAUGUUUGGUGUUGCAACGAAAAAGGCAAGACUUAAUGCUCAUUUGCAUAGGAACUUACUAUGGAGAGAUCCGCACAUCUGGAGUUUAUCCCAUGACGGAGCAAUCUUCCAUGGAGGUAAAUGGGCUCAUUACACAGAACCUUUCCAAGAUAGUGUUGCUACAACAUUAGGAGUUCUGUUUGAUGGCAUAGAAGGAACAUUAACUUUUUAUAAAGAUGGUGUUUGUUUAGGAGUGGCAUUUAAGGAUUUACACAAAAUUAAUGAAAACAUAUACCCCAUUAUUGCAUCUACUGCAGGAGUGACAUAUAAACUAUCCUUGAAGAAGAGGGACUUCGGGAGUUUACAAGAAAGGUGUCGAGCUGUACUUCUUUCUCAAUUAAAAGGACCGAAAGUACCAAAAACAGACCUUGGAAGGUUGGUUUUGGUACCUACACCAUCUUUGCCUGUAGCAAUAAGGAACUAUUUAAAUGAAUCUAUAGCAAAAACAGGUGUACGUGCAGAGAGAUUCAAUGAUUUCGAUUGAAUAUAAAAAUGAUGUUUUUUGUGAUUUCUAUCUCCACUUAACGACAUGUUUUGUCAUUAAAUUAUUUUAUUUAUUCGAUCUAUGUUUUUUUUUUCAUUUUUUAUGAUUUGUAAUUUACUAUUAGAAAAACAAACUUAUCUGUUUUAAGUUUCUAUGUUUGUUAUAAGAUUAGUUUCUGUAAAUAUAAAACUUUGAUACUUCUACACAUUCUUUAUUCACCUAUUAAUUUUCAAAGUUUCAAACAGACAUCGUUUUUAAGAAAAUUCUAACAUUUAAUUUUGUCAUCCCAGUCCCAUCUUAACCCCUUAAAUUUCC